AUGGGCACUUCGAACGCUAUGAUACCUUUAAUCAUCAAUAAAGUGCCGCAGUUUACUGUCAGGCCACCCAAAAAGAUAGAGCGUUAUCUUGGACAGUCGGUCAAGUUAAACUGCUCUGCAGAUGGACACCCAGUACCGAUUAUCACGUGGUCACGUUGCAAAGGACACAUUACAGAAGGGCGGACACAACUGAUGGAGAGUGGACAACUAAAGAUAAACAGCUUGACGGCUGAAGACAGUGACCCCUACACCUGUAGAGCUCAGAGCGAGUUAGUUCACGUGGAGACUGAAGUAAAAGUUAUAGUCAAAACUGGUGAGAAAUCAUUUACCGUUAGAGGCCCUUAUAAAAGUGUACUCAUGUCCCCCCGAUAAUGACAUAAAUGGACGUCACCUCAUCAAUAUCAUUACAGAUGUUAAACAGUCGUUUCUUUUUUAAACGCGAUUCCACAAUAUCAUAAGGAUUGCUUUCCGUUAAACACUGAUAAGAAAUUGUUCAGUUUACCAGAGUAAAACCUCGAAUUUUUCUUUCUCAUACAUGUGAUGUCUACUCGAAAAAAGGUGUGCAUUUCUUAGAAUGUGUUGUUACCAUUCAGAACACAUUCUAAAGAAAACACACUUGCUUUAUGAUUUUCCAAAAACAGCCUCGCUUUCAAUGACGCUAUUGGGUUUGAAUGCCAAACUGGAAGUAAUCAUCAGGUUCUCACAGAUGGGUUUAAGGUGUUUAUUCCACAUUUAAUUAAUUUUACAUCGUUUUAGGCUAGGUGUGAUCCCAAAAACAGACAGAUUCGUUUUGGAAAAAGAACGGGUCAGUGAAAAGGAAAUAUUUUCUUCCUUUUUUUCUUUCUGUCUCAAUGAAUUUUUCUUUUGCAGCACGGGACUGUACCUAGUUAUUUUCAGUCGGCUUCAAAGAAAGUGGCGUUUACACGGUAAACCCAACAAACAAAUCCAGUUUUGA